AUGAAUCUUACGGCGCUUAACCAAACCGAUCUCUGCUUUGGGUUUUCCUGUCCGGAGAGAUCCGUGUCUCCUGUGUAUGUGUUGCUGUACGUGUGUGCAGCUGCUGUAGUUCUGCUGACAGUGUGUGGAAACCUGCUUGUGAUCAUCUCCGUCUGCCACUUCAAGCAGCUCCACACACCGACCAACAUGCUCAUCCUCUCUCUGGCUGCGUCGGACUUUCUGGUCGGACUGUUUGUGCUCCCGUUCCAGCUGAGUCGUCUUACUGAAUCAUGUUGGGUUUUUGGACCAACUUUGUGUGUAUUUUAUAUUUUUAUCUCCUUUUUCGUCACAAGCAUAUCGAUAUACAACGUCGCCCUCAUUGCUGUUGAUCGGUAUUUUGCCAUCUCAAACCCUUUUCUCUACACUGAAAAGGUGUCUGUGAACACAGCUUGCGUUGUGGUUUCAUGUAACUGGUUUUUAUUGAUGUCGUACAACUCGGUGGUUCUUUAUUUUAACGGAAAUUCCACGGGGCUGAUGGCGUGUCCUGAAAUGUGUCUUUUUGUGUUACAUGAGGUCUGGUCCCUGAUCGAUCUCCUGCUCGCUUUUGUUGUUCCAUGUUCUAUGAUAAUCAUAUUUUAUGGGCUAGUUUUUAUUAUUGCCAAGAAACAUGCCAACGCCAUCCGAGACCUUAAUAUUCAAACUAAAGCCCAGGCCUCAAAGAACACAGCAGACUCGAUGAAGUCCGAGAGGAAAGCAGCGAAGGUGCUCAGCAUUCUAGUGGCCGUGUUCUUGGCUUGUUUGUUUCCCUAUUUUCUUUGUGCUUUAGUAAGUAACACCAUAGAGAGCACCGUUUUUGAAAAACUGGUGAUUCUUCUGUAUCUUAACUCUUCUGUCAAUCCGGUCAUCUAUGCUUUGUUUUACCCGUGGUUCAGAAAGUGCAUUAAAAUCAUUUUAACUCUUCAGAUAUUAAGAACAGAUUCUGCACUGAUAAAUGUCCACUAG